GUCUCGCGAGAUGAGAUUCGUGACGUUGGGAUUAGCUGUCAGGCAGGAGCCGAGGAGCAGGACAGUAAUGGCGCUGCGAAACGUUUAGCAGCGAUACGGGACUGCAGGUUUUGUUAAGAAAAUCGGGACUGUCCCGCGAAAGGCGGGACCUUUGGUCGGUAUGAGUAUAGUACUUAUUCUGAAGGCGGUGCGACCCCCUGUAGUUGUCAUUUAAGUGUUAGGCUAAGAAAAUGCUCAACCCUACCUCAUUUGUGAUUCAUUCGGAAUUAAAAGGCAAUAAUUUUGACGAUUAGGUGCUUUUGCUUAGUUCUUUAGUUAUAGUACGUAACAAUAUAUACCUAUGCAUGACUGAGGUCACUUCAGCAUUCUUCAGUAUUCUACAUUGAAAUCAUCAGCCGCGUUGACCGCUUCAGACAUACCUCUCCUUAUCUCCAAGUACUGUACUUUUGUCACCACUUUUUUGGGGUUGGUUUCGAUACUAAUGAAAGCUGCACCGCUGCUCCAGAGUUGCAAACUUCCAUAUCUGGGUGAAAACGUGUUGGCCGUCAGUACAACACACUGAGAGACGCUGGCAAAUCAUGCUGUAGAUCUUCAUCAUCUUACCGGUGCCUAGUGUUCUUUAUGGCAACUUGGAAUCCUCAACAGCCCAACUUACUCUUUUUCAGACUCUAUUUUAAGGCAGGUGUACACUUUCCAAAAUUGAAGAAUUAAUGACAUUUAAAAUAAGAUGUAAGUUUGCUUGGUGAAGUAAAAAAUAAUACCAUCCCAGAGGGACCCAAUGAGUGGAACACAGUCUGCAGCUUCCGACAGGUUUCACUCCAGAAAACCAACCAGGCACGGAAGCAUACUUUAUAGAGAGUCUUCUACAGACAAAAAGCAGAAAGUUGAAAGGAGUGUUAGCUCAUCCCAUGACUUUGAUGCCACAGAGAGCUCGUCCAGGAAGACAAAGUCUACUUGGGAUGAGAGUAGACAAGAGACUUAUGGUUUAGUUCAGCGCUGUGUGGUUAUCCAACGUGAUGAAAAUGGCUUUGGCCUGACAGUCAGUGGCGAUAACCCUGUCUUUGUUCAGUCUGUCAAAGAAGAUGGCGCUGCCAUGCGAGCUGGAGUUCAGACUGGGGAUCGGAUCAUCAAGGUUAAUGGCACUUUGGUCACACACUCCAAUCAUAUAGAAGUGGUCAAACUCAUAAAGUCGGGCUCCUAUGUGGCUCUUACAGUACAAGGUCGUCCACCUGGGUCACCCACCAUCCCUUUAACUGAUUCUGAGGCAGAUGUGCACAAUUUAGGUCCCAUAAUGCCUCCUCAUUCUCCAGUAACCCAAGGCCAUGGAAAAGGUAUUACAAGCCCUAUACUUAUGGAGGAGGAAAAUAACAUUGUGCAUACUCAGAAACUGGACAUAUUGAAGAAGAUGCUCCAGAAAGAACAAGACCAGCUACAACAAUUUCAAGAAGAGUAUAACUCUACUCCAUCACCAAGGCUUUCUAAGGAGAUCCAAGACAGCAAAAAACACAUAGCCCAGUUGCAGGAGCGAUUGUUGAAAGCCAGAGGUCUUUCACAGCAGGGUUCUGAAUCACUGCAGAUCAGUGAGCUUGAUGCAGACUCUAGCGACAUACUGGGACGCACAGAUUACAGCAGUGGGGAUGGAUCACGACCAAACAGUGACAUUGCAGAUAGCCCCCGUAGUGGACAGCGAGAGAAAAGCUUCCUGGAGGAAAGUCCUGAGAAAAGUGAGAUUCAGGACACGGACUCACAGUCAAGUAUGGGAAGCCCCUCUAUUCGCUUCACUCAUAAUAUUAUUGGUGCAGAGGAUGAUGACUUUGAUGCCGAACCAGAGCAGCAGAUGAAUGGGCAGUGUAGCUGUUUCCAGAGCAUGGACCUGUUAAAAUCACACCCAGCUCACCUAGCAGUAUUUAUACAUCAUGUGGUCUCCCAAUUUGAUCCAGCAGCCAUGCUGUGCUACCUCUAUACAGACUUGUACCAGCAAACAAAUUCUAAAGAGACUCGCAGGGUGUUUCUGGAGUUCAACCAAUUCUUCUUAGAAAAAGCCGGGAAUCUUAGAGUUUCUGUCCCAGAUGAUGUUGCUCUUGAAUUAGAGAAAAGGAGACCAGAGCUGAUUCCAGAGGAGCUACAUCGACAAUACAUCCAGACUAUGCAAGAAAGGCUCUCUGAGGAUGUUAAAAAAAACUUGGAGGAUUUUAAGCAAAAGCGCAGCAUGGGACUGACCUUGGCAGAGGGAGAGCUCUCCAAACUGGAUGCAGAUCGAUUGAGAGACCGCAAUACAAUGGAGAAGGAAAGAGUCUGUGCAGAGCAGAUUCUUCAGAAGAUUGAUGAAAUUCUGUUUUCAUCACAGACUCCUGAAGAUGAAAAGAGCAAUACCAUACAAUAUGUGAUUCUAACCUAUAUGAAGCAUCUUGGUGUGAAAGUUAAAGAGCCACGAAGUCUUGAACAGAAACGUGGUCGAAUUGGAUUCCUCCCAAAAAUUAAGCAAAGUAUGAAGAAAGAUCGGGAGGGUGAGGAAAAGGUGAAGCGAAGAGGGUUUCCCAGCAUCCUUGCACCUCAGAGGAAGCCUAGCCGACAAGAUAGUAAUGCAAUUGGCAGGGCUAUGGAACUUCAGCGGCCACGCCACCCCAAGCACUUAUCCACAUCUUCAUCCAGUAGCCCUGAACCAGCAGAUGGAAGUAGAUUGCGCACUAGCGGUGGCUCCAUUGAGGGUUCUGACACACCGUUCUCUCCAUCAUCUAAUUUGGGUGCAGCAUACACCUUUCAGGAAGUUGGCAGAGAAGUGGAAGGAAAUUUUAGGUGUGGUGAAAAUAUGUCAUCAGCUGAUACCCUUGAUGGUGGUACUCGCACAUCUGGCCCAAUAUUUGACUUUCCAUCGCCACCACUUGACCACCUACAUGAAGAGACAGGUGAAGCAGACAGCAGGUUUACUGACCUGGGAACACCAAAACCUUUCAGAAAGUUGGAUAGCCUGGUUGUAGGUGACACUCAGAGUGAGGAUGAGCACCAUGAGAUUGACAAGGAACAAGAUCCACCCAACUGGCAGCAGCUUGUUAGUAAGGAAAUACUGCAGAAACUUAAACCGCACGAGAUCAAGCAACAGGAAGUCAUACACGAGCUGUUUUACACUGAAAGGGCACAUGUACAGAAACUGGGUGUUUUGGACCAAGUGUUUCAUCAGCGCGUGAUCCGUGAGAAUCUCUUAACACCUGCAGAGACCCGAAAUGUUUUCUCCAACUUAGAAGAAAUCUUACAGCUUCAUGUGGCACUUAAUGAGCAAAUGAAAGCAGUAAAGAAGCGUUAUGAAACAUCUGUGGUGGAACAAAUUGGAGAUGAUGUUCUGAACUGGUUCAGUGGAGCGGAAGAGGAGAAGCUAAAGCAGGCAGUGGCCACAUUUUGCAGUAACCAGCCCUUUGCGUUGGAGAUGAUAAAAUCUCGCCAAAAGAAAGAUCUAAAAUUCCUAACCUUUGUACAGGAUGCAGAGAGUAAUCCUCUGUGUAAGCGCCUGCAGUUGAAGGAUAUUAUUCCCACUGAGAUGCAGAGACUAACCAAGUAUCCACUGCUGCUGGAUAACAUUGCCAGAUAUUCAGAUCGAGAAGAUGAGAAAGAAAAGGUGAACAGAGCAGCAAACCACUGCCGUAACAUCUUGGACUACGUAAAUCAGGCAGUUAAAGAGGCAGAAAACAAGCAGAGACUUGAAGAUUAUCAACGCAGGCUGGACCUGUCCUAUUUGAAGCCAGGAGAGUAUCCCAUGAUAGACGAACUGAGAAAUCUAGAUUUGACCAAGAGAAAAUUGAUACAUGAGGGGCCUCUGACAUGGAAGGUUAAUAGAGACAAAUCAAUCGAUCUUUACUCUCUGCUGCUAGAGGACAUUUUGGUUUUACUUCAGAGACAAGAUGACAAGUUGAUUUUGAGGUGUCACAGCAAGAUUCUGGCUUCAACUUCAGACAGCAAACAUAUCUUCAGCCCUGUUAUCAAACUCAACACCGUGUUAGUACGGCAGGUGGCAACAGAUAACAAGGCAUUCUUUGUUAUAUCCAUGUCAAAAAAUGGGGCACAGAUUUACGAGCUCAUUGCCAACUCUGUUUCCGAGAAAAAUGGGUGGCAAGACCUCAUAACAAAAAUGGCUGCAACAUCGAAGACUGAAUAUCCUCAACCUACUCAGUUACAACAGACUGCCCCAGAGAUGGUCAGCGAAGAAGAACAUGAAGAUGUGGAGCAACAGAAAGUGUCACAUGAUCAACAAGAAGAUAGACUUAUCUAUAGGCACAGUACAGACAAAGACUCAGACACCGAAAGUUUAGUUCAAUCGAAAUCCCCCAGCAGCCCCAGUCCCUCCUCCUGUCUUUCAUCUACAGAGCAUCACCUGGCAGUGAACGCGCUCAGAAACUUGGGACUGCUAAAACAGUUACUGGUGCAGCAGCUGAAGCUCCUUCAGAAAGAGGAAGCCGAGAACUUUCAACGAUUUUGCAGCCGUAAAACAAAGGAGCAGAUGAGGGAGAGUGAAAAACUUACUAAGUUUUCAAGCUUGGAUAAGCAGAACUGGGGAAGCAGGGAGUCCGAUUUGAACAAAGAACUGCAUGCUCAGCAAAGGGCCACAGACAGACGUUCUGAACAUAGCAACACUGGCCCAGACUGUGUUGCUGAGGUAUUGGAAGAGGGUGGGGAACAGUAUUUUGAUGCUCAGGAACCACAGAUUGAUAUGAAUGUAGAUGGCUCUAAGAGAGAGAAGAACAUUGAAGAGGCACAGUUCAGAUUAUCAGAAAAUUACCUGAUUCUGGAUGGCUAUGAGAACGUGCAGGAGAGCUCCACAGAUGAUGAUCUCUCAGCCUCACAGUACCCCACCCAGUGCCCUGCUGUUAGUGAUCCAGCCGAUCCUUUGCAUGUGGAAGAGAGACUGACUUUCAGUGCCCUCGAUCCUACACCAUCUUCUGAGGCUUUUAACCACAUGCUUCAGUACAUCGCAAACAUUGAAUCAGACUUGCAGCAGCUUAGGGGGCUUGAAGAGUUUUAUAACACAUAUCGAAACAGAGUGGCUACUUCAGGGGUCUUGGAGGAAGAUCCAGAUAAGGCAAUGCUUCCUACAGAUAAGGGUUAAAUCCAGAGAUUAUUCGACUUGGUCCAUGGAAUCACAGCAGAUUUUAAGGGAUCUCUGCCUGCAGUUCCUUACCCUACUUUGGGAACACACGCAUGUGCACAGUCUGCUGCCAACACACUCCAGCCUCCCCAACUCAUGAUCCACAUUAAGAUACCAAAUGUACAGAUAUGUGGUGAUAGGAUAUAAAAGUAUUUAGCAAUUUCUACAAGAAGUGAAGAAAAAACUGAGAGAUGUAUUUAUUUGUCUUUGAGUUAAGGCACAUUGUUUUCUUGCUUUUUUUAUUGUUAUAUAUUUUCAACCUGUUAUUGUUCGUUACAUGGGUGAGUUCAUGGCAAACCCAUCUGUACUGCAGUCAAGCAGCAGAGGGAGUUUGGUAGGUGCAUUUAGCAUAAUCACAUCUUUUUACAAUCAGUCUUUCGAGGCUGUUGAUCAUGCAUGUUCAGUGUGAUAUUGCCCUUAAAGGGCACACCCAUGCUUCUUUCCCAUAUAUAAGGGGAAAAGUCAUGCCAGUUACACCAAAUAGACGAGUGUCAUUACAUUAGUAGUUAAGAUGCUGCUGCUUGUCCUCCAGAACACUAGCAUAGGUUGCCAAAACACUACUGAGCUAGCCAUGCCCUUUUUGAGACAGGCACAGGCACCACAAAUGAUGAGGGCCAGUAAUAAAGUUGCCUGGUGGCCUGCCUCCGUAUUUGCACUGACAGUGCCAAGGUGCUCUUACCUGAGUUUUUACCCUCCCAUUCCAUCCACCAUUUACACCUAAGGCUGGAGAUAUAUUCAGAAGUCUCUUCACCCACAACCAAGUAUUUAAUCGUAUACUUCCAGUAUAAGCUGCAACUUUUUUAGGCUUUUGACUUAAUAGCAGCUCAUUUGGUAGCCAUGCUACCAUUUUCUGUACAUCUGAGCAGUUUGGGAGAGAAAACUGCCCCUCUGCCAGCAAAUAGCAGAAUUCUGUGCCAAUUACUGUUAGUGGUUAGCUGUUACCCUUAAAAUCUUCCCACAGAGAUCACCUGGGAACCUUCUCUUAAACCACAGGGAACCUUGUGUUAAUUCAGACAAUCUCUCAGAUCUGAUGCCUGCACAAUGAAACAGCAUACGAGGAGGAACAAAUUACGCGAUCAUACAAUCAUCUCUCCUGUCUGCAGCAGAGAGCCAGUCAACUGACAGAUUUGCACCACCGAAGGUGACCAAAUAUUUACAGGUGCUCCUUCUUGGGUAUCAUCAAGUUCACCAGCCCUCUCUGUUCCACUACAUUACCAGACAGUUACAUGUUUGCUAGCUAAUAUCAUUUAGAUCUUUUAAAUGCCCUUGUAGACAUCAACAUUUGUACAACCACUGCCUGCAGCUAGCUUAGAAUGCUGGAUCUGCUGAUUCUAUAUCCUCUUAGAUGCUAAUGUAGCUGGAUUAGAGGGACAGGAAGUGGGCUAGAAUGCGUCUUUGCACUUUUAGGACUGAUUAUUCACAGCUUACUUUGCUGUGUUUUUCCCAAUAAAGGGAGUGUUCUGUACCCUUUCUGUAUUUUUUGUAUAAAAAAAACUCUACUGGUUGUAUUCACUUUGUACAUCAGUAACAGUGGCUAAAACCAAGAUUUUGGAGUAUUCUUUACAAGAAAGUUAACAUUCAUAUUCUAUGUUUUUAAUGAUCAUGAAUGACUGUCUGAUAUAUAAUUAUCCUGAUGUAUGUUUGUGAAAUAGCUCUUUUUAUUCGUUAUAGCCCAUAAGUAUGUAUGUUUCUGGAAAGAAAUAUCUCUCAGCUAAAGAUAUUUUUGGAGGGGGGUGGUUCAGGGAGAGUGGGAAGUAAUAUUCUGAUAUUAAAUAAGCUUACAGAAACAUAA